GCUUGCCUAGAAAACUUAAUAGAGAGGAGAGGGCUGAUCUGAACCAGAUGUUCCUUGCCUAUAUAAACUAAAAUGUAUUUAUGUCUGAGAGAGUCCAAUGCUGACUGCAUCUAGAAAAGGUCUCCCAUGCGCUGGUCACUACUGAAUAAACCCUUGUUGAAUUCUUAACAGUUUUUUCGACUACAAGAGCUGAUUUUUCUACAACACUACUACUAUUGAAGGAGGAGAGAUUACUAGACACUAAUUAGGUGUCCUCUUUUAUCUGUGGAUUAAUUGUUGGAGUAGAGAACACAAUUUUGUAUAACUCAAAAUGGGUAAUUUUUUUACAAAGAACCAGAAAGAAAGAAAGUGCACUUCAGAGUCAAACCCAAUGAGGAUCGUGCUGCUGGGGAAAACAGGAUGGGGCAAAAGCAGUGCAGGAAACACCAUCUUUGGAGGAGGGACAGAGUUCAAGAUAAACAGUUCAGCCAAGUCCGAGAUGUACAAGUGUGAAGCAAAGACCAAGGACAUCAAUGGAAGAAAACUCACUGUAGUAGACACACCUGGAUUUUUUGACACAAACAUCCCUGAAGAGGAUCUGAAACCUGAACUAGUGAAAUGUAUUGUAGAGUGUGCUCCGGGGCCACAUGCCUUUCUCAUUGUGCUUAGAGUGGACCGCUACGGAUGUCAUGAGGAACAAGUCAUUGAAGAAAUUGCUAAAUGUUUUUCACCAGAGGCCUUCAAAUAUUCCACAGUUCUCUUCACUCACGGUGACCAGCUUGAAGGAAUAACUAUUCAGGAUUUUGUGAAAACGAAUGAUAAACUGAGUGAGCUUGUGGAGAAAUGUGGUGGCCGCUGUCACGUCAUUGACAACAAAUACUGGAACACCAAUCAGCAGAGUCAGUACAGGAACAACCAGUACCAAGUAACAGAGUUACUCAACACCAUAGAGGAGAUGGUGAGCGAGAACGGAGGAGAAUGCUACACCAACGAGUUGCUCCAAGAGGCAGAGAGAUUAAUACAAGCAGAGAUAGAGAGUCUUAGGAAGGAGUCAAUGGGAAAGAUGUCAGAGGAAGCGAUCAAUAAACAGGCCACUGAAAAUGUGUGGAAGAAACUCCUGAUCAAAUUAACAGGGAUAGCAACAGGUACAAUAGUGGGAGCUCUCCUUGGGGUUGCAGGGGCAGAAGCAUUCGUUCAAUCAGUACUUGGUAAGAUACCCACGAUAACUGAACUUGGGGCAGGAGGACUAAACACAGCAAUAACAGUAAGCAUAGCUGGAGCAAUUGUAGCUGGGGGGGCAAUAGGAGGGAAGAUGAUAGGAGCUGCUGCAGCAGAGAAUGCAGAGACACCAGGAGAGGCAGCAAAGAAAGCAGCUGAGGCAGUCUGAGGUGGGUAAGUAUAUCUUGGAGCAGGGUCAAGGUAUUGUGGACAGUGUAAGAUGUAUGUCAGAGGGGUUGCCUACAGCAAAUUGAGUUCGAGUGAAGAAAAGAAGUAGCAGGAGCACUCUAGGUAUUCAGAAAACACAGGUGAAAUGAGUGAAUGAGUGUUAACAACCUGUGUUUCAAUAGUUUAUUAAACACAACAGCCACUACUCCACACACACACACGAGUCAGUACUCUAUACACACGAGUCAAUACUCUACAUUUACAUUUUAGUCAUUUAGCAGACGCUUUUAUCCAGAGCGACUUACAGUAGUGAAUACAUACAUUUCAUGCAUCUCUUUUUGUAUACUGGCCCCCCAUGGGAAUCGAACCCACAACCCUGGCGUUGCACACACCGUGCUGGCGUUGCAAACACCACGCUCUACCAACUGAGCCACAGGGAAGCUCUAUAGACACACACAUACACACACACACCGGUACUCUACACACAACCACACACGUCAGUACUCUACACACACACACACACACGUCAGUACUCUACACACACACACACACACACACGUCAGUACUCUACACACACACACACGAGUCAGUACUCUACACACAGAAGAAAAACUCUUCAAACUAAUAAACAUUUCAGACAAAUCAAACCUUAACAUGUCAUUGUUUUAACAUAAUUACAGUAGAAAAUGUUUGAUUGCUAAUUUCAACAGACUAAAAUAAGCAUUAUUUCCUUUCAAUGUAGAUGAUGAGUAAAA